GAUUUUAAUGUCAUUCAUGAAAUCUACAUAAAACUUUGCCUUUUAUUAAAUUUUUUAACAGCUAAAAAAUAAAAAUAAAAGGUCCCUGAUAUGGUAGGAAAAUAAACAGUGUUGCAAAUCGUCCCGCGUAAUAAUUCUCAAUCAUGGAAUAUCAUUAUUCGGAACAUUGUUUGCAAUCGGAACAUCUAUUGACUGAUGACUAUGGGAGUGACUAUUCACCACAAUUCCUGGUACCAACAAAGGAAGGAGAAUAUGAGGUGCGGAGUAGUGUAUUGGUGGAUGGCGGGGAAAGAUUUGGAGUAUCCGCUGUCGUUUUUGAUAAACAUGAAGAAUUAAUAUGGAUGGGAAACCAAGGCGGUCAUGUUACAUCAUAUUAUGGUCCGAGUAUGCAGAAAUAUACAUCUUUCCAAAUUCACGAGUCAGAAGAAGUGAGGGACAUAGUGACAGAUGAAAGAGGAAUUUAUGCAUUGACAAAAACAAUUCUCCGUCAUCAGAUGCGUAGAGGAAUACCGAAGCAUACAUUCCGAUCAGAAAGUAUGAAUGACAUGCAAUGUUUAUUACAAGUCAGUCCAACAAAGCUAAUGUUGGGAGGUCAUCAAAGAAAAUUAUUAGAGUUGGAUGUAACAAAAAUGACAGAAACUAUUAUACCUAUAAAAGAAGAUGGUUGUGUAGUUAUGCGUAAUGGAGGCGCUUCUCUACUGGCCUGCGGGAGUGCUAACGGACAUAUAUCACUACGAGAUCUUAGGACUCCGAAUGCAUCGGAACAUACAUUCAAAGCCCAUAAUAAUUCUCUAUCAGAUAUGGAUAUGCAGGGAGACCUACUGAUAUCGUGUGGAUUUACACAAUCCGCUGGGGGUGUUGCGGUAGCAGAGCCUUAUGUAGUAGUGUGGGAUCUACGUUGUCUUAAGGGUACAUCUUCAGUGGACCGAGCUCGGUCAAUACAUACAGCAGCCGCUCCAAUGUUACUCCAUUUCCUGCCCGCGUUCUCUGGCCGUGCGGUGGCACUGUCAGGGGAUGGACAUAUCGCGUUGUUGCAUGUUAAUGCACCGCAGGAGAAACAGUCUAUUUUCCAGGUGGACACACAGAGUUCUAUGAGUGUGAUGGACGUAUCAUCAACUAGCCAGGCUCUAGUGUUCGGUGAUCAAGGAGGACAUCUCCAUCUGUUCUCACCGCGGCAAAACAAAGAACCAGUAUUUAAUAACUUCUCAAGGGAAACAGAGUUCGCGGAUCAAUUACCAACUCUGCCGACGGCCAGUUUGAAAGACAAAAAAUUCAAGUUUUCUUCAAUAAAGUUGCCGACGUUAAACAAUGGUAAAUGGUGCAAUGAAUUACCACCAGAAUUCUUCAAGAAAGCUUACAGGAAACCAAAACCAAUCGAUCCUGAAUUACUUUCUACAAUGAAGAUGAAAGGACCCAUUGGUUAUGCUCCCAAUCCUAAGACCACGAGAAGGAAUCAGAUGCCUUAUAUAACUGAUAAUUUGGAGGAUUUGAGUAAAGUCAAACAAUAUGAAAAUAAAUGCAGCACGUUGCCGAUUCCUGAACAUUAUCAAAAGUUGGAUCUUCAUUACAAUAAACAUGGAUCGAACGAGGAAUUGGAAAGUUACAAUAAAACCAAAUUACCAGGUCUCGAGGCGACAAUUCCUAAUUCAUAUUGCAAUCCUAUGCUGCAGGUCUUGUACUACAUUCCACCAUUAAAAGCGACGCUUUUGGCGCACACAUGCGCUAAAGAAUUCUGCCUGAGCUGUGAAUUAGGCUUCCUAUUCCGUAUGUUGGAUACUUCUAACGGGGUCGCCUGUCAGGCGAACAACUUCCUGCGCGCUUUCCGCACCGUGCCCGAGGCGGCGGCGCUCGGCCUCAUACUCACCGACACCACUGACUCCAGACCUGACCUCAUGGCGCUUAUACAGAGUUGGAUCCGUUUUAUAUUGCAUCAAAUACAUUCGGAAAUACUAGAAACUCGGAAGAAAGACAAGGAAUUGGCUAAACUUAGUAAAUCCAGUCCACCUAAAGUGUGUCGUGUGAACGCUGCGAAGAUGCAGGCUGUGUUGAACGGCCCAUACAAGGAGGCAUUCCAGUUCACUAAACUGGAGUUUGUGAGCGCUGUUGAUACAAAUAAAGAAGAUAACGAGGAUUCAUCGAAACUAACAAAAGAAGUUAAGAACGGAAUAGAACUAAAACUGAACGAGACGUUCCCCAAGAACGUGUGUGUGGAGCGCGAGGAGUCGGAGAUCUCGCAGUUGUUCGCUAUCGGCAGGCACCAAAUGAACCGCUGCCUUAAGUGUAAUAAAGAGGAGGAGCGCGAGUCAGUGACUCUAGCGUGCCUGCUGCAGUACGGGGAGUGUCGUGCGGGGGGUGCUGGGGGCGCGGGGGGCACGGUGGGCGUGUGCGGGGGGUUCGCGGACCUGGUGCAGGCGUCGCUGUCGGCGCGGCGCAGCACGCCCGCCUGGUGCGACACCUGCUCGCGGUUCACGCCCACCGCCCAGCGAGGACGACUUACAAGGUUACCACCGAUAUUGGCUAUCAACUGCGGCGGAGUAACACCUCAGGAAAAAGCAUUUUGGUCAAAAGGUGUAACAAAAGAUGUGGAUCCAUCUAAAAAGAACGGCACAGCUAAACCGUGUCGUUACGGAGUGAACUGUGCACGCGCCGGCUGCCGCUUCAAACAUCCUGAUAAUGGAACUUCACCUCCAACUACACCCAAUAAGAUUGUGCAGGAAUCUAACUGUGUGCUGCCACACCACCUCGUCAUCAGACAACAAUCGGAUGGUGAUGUUGCCAUCAACGAUAAGAAGGAAUUAAGUCUAGAACUAAACAAGCAGAAGAAAUUAAAGGGUCGUUCAGAGGAGGAGUACACGCUGUCGGCGGCGGUCGUGUGCGUCGACGACAACCCCAAGAACUUGGUCGCGUACAUACAAGUCGGCAAAGAUAAUGAUCCUAAAUGGUAUCUUUUUAACGAUUUAAGCAUCGUCCCCGUAAGCGCCGACGAGGUGGUAGAGUACAACGCAUGGUGGAAGUCUCCCUGCGUGCUGCUGUACACGGCGGCGCGCGCCCGCAACCGCGCGCCCUCGCCCGCGCCCGCAGGACACCCGCCCGCAGACAACCACGCUCCCUAGCGCCGGAACUCACUCUAAAGGCGUUUAUGGUCCCCAUAGCGCCCGCAGAGUGAUAUUUUAAUUAGGAUAGCGCCCGUAUGCGAGAGAAUUCACUUAGUCGUUAAGGCUCGCAUACGACAGAAUUAAUUUAGUCGUAAGGGCUCGCCUGCGAGAGAAUUCACUUAGUCGUUAGGGCUCGCAUACGAGAAUUCACUUAGUCGUUAAGGCUCGCAUACGAGAAUUCACUUAGUCGUUAAGGCUCGCAUACAAGAAUUCACUUAGUCGUUAAGGCUCGCAUACAAGAAUUCACUUAGUCGUUAAGGCUCGCAUACAAGAAUUCACUUAGUCGUUAAGGCUCGCAUACGACAGAAUUCAUUUAGUCGUAAAGGCUUGCAUGCGAGAGAAUUCACUUAGUCGUUUAGGCUCGCAUACGAGAAUUCACUUAGUCGUAAAGGCUCGCAUACUAGAAUUCACUUAGUCGUAAAGGCUUGCAUGCGAGAGAAUUCACUUAGUCGUUUAGGCUCGCAUACGAGAAUUCACUUAGUCGUUAAGGUUCGCAUACGAGAAUUCACUUAGUCGUAAGGGCUCGCAU